ACAAAGUGCAGAGAGAGGACAGGAACAAGUUAAAGGUGUGCUCUAUCCUUCUACAGAACAUCCUGCUGUGAAUCCUUAUCUAAACCUGACACAGAAGACACUACUGGACACUUGAGUCCAACGGCAAUACCCAGGAUGUUCAACGCCAACAUGACCUUCCCCAUAAUGAAUGAAGACGCUGAACUCUCUUUCCCUGGGACGGGGGACGGUCGGGCCUGUGAGGAGAACGCGUCUCCAGUCCAAGCCAUUUCUCCUCAUCUGAAGAGAGUCAUGCUACAAGGCACAGCCAAGCAUGUGGGAGCAACAGAGGGCCCCGGGACGUUUGAGGAGAACCCUGACGUCUCCAUAGUAGCACAGGCAGAGCGCGAAGACUUUCAGGAGUUUAGCCCAACUCCUAAUGCACAACUGCCAUACUUAAAAUCCCAGCUGCUUAGAAAACACAGAUCUGUUGCCAAGGGAGCUGUUCUCCUCAGUGACACCGAUGAAGAGGAUUUGACAGCCCAACCUCAUCACCUCCAGAGGAAACAGCGCAGAAAAAGCCGUGGCAGAAUUAGCACAGAGGACGGCCAGGAGCGCCCAAUCAUCCAGGGCCUUUGGGUGCAAGAAAUCGAUUGGCUCCGAUCUUCCAGCAAAGAGAUGACCUCAUGUGACAUCAUCCCACCUCCUCCCCAGUUCACAGACUCUUACAAUGGAGAUCAAAUUUCGUCCUUAUGUUCCAGCUGUGAAGACAAAUUGAAAGCUAUAUCCAUAUCAGAGGACCAAUACAGAUUAACAGAUACAAGUUUAGACAGGGGGGACUCAGAUUGGGAUUACGAGCAGGACUCAGAAUCCAAUAAUGAAAGCGACUCCUCUUGUUUUGUGGAGGACUGCAGACAUUGCAAUACUGGCAAACCUAACUGGACCUUUGACUUUAUGGGUGUAUCCGGAUUCAGUCAUGAUCCAAAUUAUUGCCCGUCUGGCUAUGAGAGUGUAACUAAUUCCUCCAACGGUUUCUCUGGGUGUGCUCAAGGCUUGCUGGGAAUGCCAGACCACACCUCCGAUGUGAACUUUAGUGCAGAUGAUAUGGAUAAAAUGGAUGGAGUUUUGGAGGAGCUCAGAGGGAGGGUGACUCACAUGCCAAAGAUGUUUGCCAUGGUUUUCUUUGAGGAUGUGAUGAGGCAAAGUCUACGAGAGUGGAAUUCCAAAAGCACUGUCAAUGAAGGACUUUUAUUUCAUAAUGCAUUGCAGCCCAGGAGCUUCCAGUACAGGGAGGGACGUGAGUAUUGUGUUCUCCAUCACAUCCAGAAUGGCUCAUACGGUGACGUCUUCUCCAUUCAGGACAAACGUACUGGGUUUACAUGUGCAGCCAAGAGGAUCCCUAUCAGUCGUUUCAGCAGUGAAGAGGUUAGUACAUGGAGCGCUCAGGACUCUCCUCGCAUCGUAGAGCUGUUUGGGGCAGUGAGGGAGGGGCCACACAUUGUCCUGUUCAUGGAUUUAAAACCAGCUUGUUUAGGUACACUUUUAAAGGAGAUUAACUCACUUCCUGAAGAUUUGGCCCUGCAUUACCUGCUUCAGACACUAGAGGCGCUGGAACACCUGCACAAUAUCAAAGUGCUGCACCUGGAUGUCAAAGUUGACAACGUGCUGCUGUCUGCGGACUGCACACACACAUUCCUCUGUGACUUUGGGCUCUCUGAAACAUUAGAUGACAAUGGAUGGAGCACCAAGGCAUUCAGGGGCUCUGCUUUCCCAGGCACUGAGACACAUAUGGCUCCGGAGGUUGCCCAGGGAGAGCAGCUCUGCGCCAAAGCAGAUGUUUGGAGCAGCUGCUGUAUGUUGCUGCACAUGCUCAAUGGAUGUCAGCCCUGGAUCCGCUACUACUCCCACCCUCUGUGCUUACAGAUUGUCAAUGAGCCUCCACCUCUGUGGGAAGUACCAACCAACUGCAAUAAUUUCACAGCCAAAGUGUUCAGGGCUGGGCUGAAGAAGGAUCCUGAUAAACGAGCAUCUGCAAAGUCGCUUCGCAAGAAAACCACCAAGGCCUUAAGAGCAGUUGGAGGCUUGAGUCCCUGGUCUAUAAAAAUUGCCUGUGAAAACCUGUACUCUUCCAAGAAGCAAAACAAUGACAAUCCAAGCUCUCUAUUGCCCGAAAGCCCCCAUAAUUCCAGGAAAUCCACACGUCCCUUAUCACCCACAAUGCACUGGGUUAGCCCUUGGAGAGAGGUUGCUGCUGGUGAAGACAGUGAUGGCAGCCACUGGGAGACAACCUCAGAACAAGACUGUGAUGUUGAACCAAAAUCCUUAAAAGACAUUAAUGCAGAUGGAAAUGACUGGGACACUGGGUCGGAGUCCUCUGAAGUGGAUAUUUACAUGGGAGUGGAGGAAUACACAGAGGAGAAGUGGUUAAAAUUUGACAGAGACUAUGAAGGAGACUGGGAGGAGUAUGGAGAGGUGGAGGAAGAAGAGGAUGAAGAGUUGUCCACAGAGUACUUUCGUGGUCUCAAAGAUGUCUUCCCUGUGCUGCAAAAAGGACAGAGACAAGAUGAUUGGUGGGGAUCUGAAGAAGAACUGGAGUACCUCAGAGAUGGUGUUUCUUUGGGGAACACAGUUCAUCCUCCCUCUCCUGAGCCUAGAGAUGACCCUCCAUCUUGCUUUAGCUGCUCGGACUCGUCACAGAUAGAUGCUUCAGAUAAUGACACUGAUCGUUCAUCUGAUGAUCUGAGCUCUGGAGUCUUUUCCUCCUGUAAUAGCCAGGCAGACGGGUACCUGCAGUGGACAGCUUCACCUCACCAGCCCUCACUGUAUUAUUUUGAAGGUGUUGAUAUCUGGAUUGAGGAUAUUCAAGGACAGUGUCUUAGGAUUCGUGAACAGCGCCAGGUCAAAGUGGGCCAUGUUGCAAUUGGAAUAAGUAAUCAGAUUUCAGAGGAGGCCUUCACUUUGGAGACACUGGACAGGAAAUUAGUUUCAUUUGAACAAGAGAUCAAAGCAUCGGGUUUAUGGCUGCGCUGUGUUCCUGCCCCCAACAGAUGUCAGCGCUGGAGCUGGCGGGUCAAACAUGGAAAACUUGAACUACGGGAAUAAAAAUGUGUACAUAUUGUUUUGUGUUGGUUGCACUAAUUGUGUGCAAUAUAAUCUGUUAUGCAGGCAUCUUAUAAAAA